GAAAUCAAAGACAAUCCACGUCAGACAGUACUACACCAUCCCCAUAAAUAAAAAUCCUCCCUUUCCUCCUCUCCCCUUCACCACCGCCCACACAAGGAAAGAGAGAGAGAGAGUUUGUUCUCUGAAUCAUCACAGAAAUAAUGGGUGAAGAAAAGAAGGAGGAAGAGAAGAAAGGUGGAGAAGAAGAAGAAGGGAAGAAGAAGGAAGAGGAGAAGAAGCAGGAUGGAGGAGGAGAAGAGAAGAAAGAAGAGGAACCUCCCCAGCCUCCACCUGAGAUUGUGCUCAAAGUCGAUAUGCAUUGUGAAGCUUGUGCUAGGAAGGUUGCCAGAGCCCUCAAAGGCUUUCAAGGAGUGGAGGAAGUGAGUGCAGAUAGCAAGACAAGCAGAGUGGUGGUGAAAGGGAAAACAGCAGACCCAUUGAAGGUGUGGGAGAGGCUGCAGAAGAAGAGUGGAAGGAAAGUUGAGUUAAUCUCUCCUCUGCCUAAACCACCUGAGGAAAAACCCAAAGAGGAAGAACCUCCCAAAGAAGAUCCACCCAAAGAACCUGAGAAAAAGGAUGAGGUAAAUUAUAAUUCAAUAAGUAAUAAACAAUUCAUAAUUUCUAACCGUACUGGAUCGUGUAUGAUUGUUUAGAGAUUUUCGAGAAAAUUCGGGUUGGUUUAUGUUCAUAAGAAUCAAAAGGUCGAAAGAUAUCGAUUAAUCAUUACACACACCAAACAUUAAUAACAUUUUAUUGUUUUUUUCCCCCACUCAAUUCACUAGUAGGUAGUCAAAAGAAACCAUGAUGAUGCCAAACCAAACAAGCCCUGCCAAGUUCACCAAUCAGUCAAGUACUAACUCUUAACGUUUGUCUGUGUUUCUUUUCUAUCUCUCUCUAUAUGCACUACUUCCAUUUCUGAUCACCACCGUUAAAAGUAGGUGUAAAUGUUUGCCAAUUUUACAUGUUUUGAAUUCAUGUUGAAGAGAUCAAUAUAUAUAUAUGGGUAGUAGUUAUGUAUAUCCUCAUGAUGAUGAUGGUAGAGAGCAGAAAAUGGCAGUCUGGAAGGAUAGCUGCCCCUAAUAAAUUGGGAGAGGGGACAAGAACAUAGUGUAGUCAAAUUUGGGAAAAGAUAAGGGUUGGAGUCCUUUUUUCAAAGAUGUGCAACUCAAGGAAAAUUAAGAUAAGAUCAUUCUAGAGAGACUUGAAGUUUUAGACUUUGGAUUACCUCUAGCAUUUUCAAUUGAGUGCUAUUCAACGCAAGCUGAUACCGUCGAUCUAGCACAGUAACGAAACUUUAAACGUCAAACUCGUCCUGGAUUCGAAUCUUGAAAUCGACAUAACGCUACAUGUGUGGGAACAAAUUUGAAAGUUGAAAGCAUUGAGACCUACUACCUUGGUGGAAAUUGAGGGUGGUGGUGGUGGUGGUGGUGGUGGGUGUUACGAGGCUGACAUGAAAGUAACAAAACAAGCUAUGUGGGGAAAAAUAUUGGGGAAGGGCACUAUUUUUAGGGCCAUUCAACCCCACAAAAGGGACAACCUUUAAGCCUUUUCUCCCCACCUCCCUCCCCCCAACCCUAUCAACUUGGCAGUAGUUUCUGUUUUCUGUUUUUUUCCCUUCAUAUAAGGUUAUUAUAACUUAGCAGCAGUGAAUUAGCUGCAGCAGCAGCAGUUACUGCUACUCCAGCAGCUCACGGGUUUUCCAUUUCAUGAUACAAUUGUGCAGUCCAUUAUUGAUUAUUGUCUAUCCCUUGUUUUGAACCUUUCACCAAAUUUAGCAAACAGAAUUGUUUUUUUUUUUUUUUUUGCUCAUUCUGCCUUUGAUGCAUCUUCAAAACCAGACUCGAGACAAGUGUGCAUUCGAGUUCUCGUGACUUUUCUGUUAAUCGAAUCGGGGACUAAUCCUACCCCUUGUUUGCAGCCUCCACCAGUUAUAACAGUCGUCUUGAAGAUAAGAAU